UUCUCAAACUUGUGGAGAAUAAAUAACACAGCGAAAACCCAAAAAAAAAAAAAAAAAAAACGAAACUUUGAACUUGCUCCAAAGGAAAACGCACCAAAAUAGCAAAGAGAGGAGGGAGGAGAAACAAAGAAUCUUCUUCACGGCACAGAGAGAGACCCCAAACUCCCAGUUUCUUCAAUCAAUCAAUGGAGUUCCCUCCACCGCAGGAGAGAUCAAAGCGCCUCCAUAACUUCACCUUACCUUAUCUCCGAUGGGGUCACCAGAGAUUCCUCAAGUGCGUCAACCUACCUCCUUCUUCCUCUUCCGAUCACGGAUCUCCCGCUGUUGCUGCUGGAGGAGGAGAGUUUGAUCUCAUCGCGUGCGAUGGGAAACCACCACCACCAAAGGUCUCAGCUUUGGGCGAUGCAGCAGCAGCAGCAGCUCGGCCGUGGAAUCUGAGGACGAGGAGAGCUGCUUGUAACGAGCCUGGAGAUGAGGAGGAGGAGGAGCCCACCAGGAUCACUGCCGUCAAGAGAGAUUCAUCGUCGCAGAAAUUGAAAUUCUCUGUUUCUUUGUUGAGAGAAGAGAUCGAAGAUGAUUUCACAGCCUUCGUUGGGAGAAAGCCUCCAAGAAGACCAAAGAAGAGACCAAGAACUGUUCAGAAGCAAUUGAAUACUCUUUUUCCCGGAUUGUGGCUAGCAGAAGAGGUAACAGCAUGCUCUUACGACCCCCCUGAGGUUGCCGAAACAUGAUUAAAGCCAGGUGUGAUUCUUCAUUUCUAAACUUCAAAGACAUUCUUCUUGCUUGUAUCUACUUUGUUUUCUACCCUUCCCGUUGUUUAAAGGAAGCACAAAUGUAGCAAUGUACCCCAUUAUUAGUGAAUGAAAGCCAUUUUUCACUUUGGUUUCUUCUGUUUGUUGUAAAAGAAAGAGACGAAUGUUGUUUUUCAUUACCAAAGCUAAUUGUAAUCUCCAGCAUGUCUCGAUAAUGCAACUUUCUUACACCUUUGUUCCA